AGUGAGAUGGCAUCCAGAGAAAAGCGACCCUUAGCGCCUUCAAAAUCAAAACAGAAGGCGAAUAAUGACUCUGGCUUGCCAUCUAAUGAAGUCAAAAGUAGAAAAGGCAAGUCUUUGUCAAAUAUAAAACAACAACAACAACUUGCGCGUGAUAUUUUUGAUGCAGUAGCAACGGGCAGUCAACUUCCUGCAAAAUUAGAAGCAAGUUUGCCAAGGAAAAAGGUUUUGAAGAAUCUUAAACGUAAACAGAAUUUAAGAGUAACUAAAGCUAAUAAUUUCAUAAAUACAAAGGUUACCAAAAAAGUAGGAAGUAAAAAUUUAUGCAGAAUUAAUUCUGAUAUCAAGAAAGGUAUCAAAGCUAGAAAAGUUAAAUCGAUAGAAGAAAAAGUGGAAGUUAAAGAGGAAGACGAGGAAGAAGAAGAAGAAGAAGAAGAAAAAGAAGAAAAAGGAGAGACAGACAAAUCUUCUGAUAUCAAUUUAAGAACUGCAGAAAAUCAUAUCAACGAUUCAGAAAGUAGUAAAACUACUGAAACAACCAACAAAAGUGCCAAGAUUAAUCUCAGGACCAAGAAAACAAAGUCCUUGACAAGGAUUACCAAUAGCGAACAGGAUAACGAAGAUAAUACAGAAAAAGAUCAAGAAGCUCUUGUUAAUUUGAAUACUACAAAAGGUAAUACAAAGAAUAGUAAAAGAUCUAAAGUAAUAGAUACUACUGUUGACUCAUCUUCCCCUAGAAGUGCCAAACUUGUAAAAAAUACUGGACUGAAAAAAAGUACUAUAAAGGAGAAAGAAAAUUAUACUAAAGUUCUAGAAGGGGAUAAAUAUUUAAAAGGUAAAAGAGGCACAACGAAAGAUACUGAUUCUUCAUUUAAUAAUAUUAAAAGCAACGUGCAUAAUAAUAAAUUAUCUAAAUCGGUCUUAGAUAACAAGAGCUCUAUUGAUCUUACUAUCGACGAAGUAAUAGCUUCAAUGUUGAGUGAUUCGGAAGUAGAUAAUCAACAAGGUAUUGUAGAAAAAGUUGAUGGAAAAAUAACGAGGAGUAGGAAAAUGUUGGUGGAUGAAAAUAUUAUUCCUGAGAGUGAAAUCAAAAAGGAAUCUGAUUGCGAUGAUAUAAGAACUAUGUCGGAAGGUGAAUGUGGUGGUGACAUAGAACAAGGAAAUCAUACACAAACUACAAUUCAAUUAAGGAAAAGGUCAAACGCUUUGUUAACCCAAAGGAGUUUACGAAAUGGAAAAUUACGUCAACUUUCGGAAACAUCGUUUGGUAAUAAUGAUAUGGAGAUUAAGAAAGGAGGAGGAGGAGGUGGAGGAGGAGGAGGAGGACGUAGAUUAAAUUCCGAUGAUCCUGCAGCAUCUGAAACUUCGACGGAACAGAUUUCUGAUGGUAAUGUUGAUCUAGAAUCCUGUUUUUCCGAAUCUAGCGGUAAUUAUUCUCAAAUAAUAAUAAAAGAAGAAAUAAUAAUUAAAGAUGAUGUUGUUGUUUCGAAAAAUUAUGCAGAAAGUGAAACUGCAAUAGAAAUAGAAAACAAUAAUAAUAGCGAGAGAGGAGGAGUAGAUAGAUUAAGUGAAAUAGGACCAAUAUUACGUUCAAAAACAAAAGCCAGAAGUACGGAUAACGAUAAUACAAAAGUGGACGAUAUCAAAAUUGAGGAGACACGUGUAGUAGCACAUAAAAAUGUAGAAGUACAUGAAGAAGUUAAAAAAACAAAUAAUAUAGAUCUCGUUAGAAAGGACACAAUUUUGUCAAAAUUAAACGAUAGGUCUAAUAAAGGACGAAGAAAUAGUUUAAAUAUAGAUAUGAGAAAAACUGUUAAUUCAUUUUAUGGAACUGAAAAAUCUGAUGGCAAUCCAAAGUCAAAAAUAGAUCAAAUGAUAGAAAAUAUUAAAUUGACAAUUGCUAAAUCGAUUGAAAGUAAAAUGUUUGGUCCGGAAAAGAAUCUUGGAUUGGGUAAAAAUUUUGAAAUUCCAAAUAUGGAAGAAAUCAUUGCACCAUUAAGUACCGAAUCGCAGAAAUUGGGAUUGGAUGAGAGUAACGAUGAAGAUAAACCUAAUGCAUCGAAAAAUGAGAGUAAAUCAGAAAAUUCGGAGAACUCAGUACCAAAAGUGGCCGAUACUGCCAAAGAAAUUGAGAAACUAGUCAUGGGUGACAUUGAAUUGGUUGAAACACAAUCACAAAACACUCAAGAUAAUAGGGAUGAGACUCCUAACAUUGAGGCAGUCAAUAAAACUCAUAAUUCUCAUGAACCAUCACAAGCUACAGUUAGUAAUAAAGAAAUAAAUACGUGUAAAGAUGUUAAAGAAAGUAAUAAUGAAGUUGAUCAGGAUUCAAAUAUUACAUCUAAGGUAAUAGAACAAAUGGAAGAUACGGAAAGUCAAUCGAUAAAUAAUAGCAAGAAGGUAUCACCUUUAUCAAGAAAAUCUGCUAAAUCAAAUGAUAAACAUUCUCAAGAUAACAUUGAAGAAUCUGAAAUAGAAAAGAAAUUACCAACAUUAUCUGAUGAAUCAAAUGAAAAGCAUGAUUCUCUUCAAGAAAAAAUCAACGAAUGUAUGCAAGAGGAUAAAAAACCAAUAAGUGAAAGUGAAGAAGACAAUAAUAAGGAACUUGAAAAAAUUGACGUUACCAAUGAGUCUACUAAAAUUUUAUUAUCUUCAACAGAAAUAAAUGAAUCGGUUAAAGCACAAAAUGAAACAAUAGAGAUAAAUACGGAAGUUGAUAAAAUAAAUUGUCAACAAGUAGAAAGUUUAAGUACUGGUCAAUGUUCAGAGGAGUCAGAAACUUUGGAAAGUAUUUAUUCUGAUGUUGAAAGAUUAGUAAAGGGUGAUGAACUUUCAACAUUAUCUGAAAUAGAAGAAAAUAAAGAAACAAAUAGUGAUAAUAAUGUCAAAUUAAAUGACACGUGUAAUGAUGAUAUUGUCAAAGAUGCAGAAAGUUCUUCUUCCAUUCAUACAAAAGAUGAAGGAAAAUUGAUACUCGAUAAAAUAGAAGAAACGUUGUUUUGUGAAGAAAGAGAAACAAUAUUAGAAGAUAUUAAUGAAUAUGAAAAGAAUCUUAAUGACAAUGAAAGUGUUGAGAAGAUAAUACUUGGUUCCUCUGAAUUAUUGCAAAAUCAGAAAGAUGAAAGAAAUCAUUCUGAAUUACCAACCAUAAAUAAUGAUUUAAAUUCAAUAUCAACAUGUACUUCAAAGAAAGAGAUAAAUGAUAAGAAUGAUUCUGUCAAGGAUGUUAUCAGUAGUCAGGAUAAAGAAGAUACUAAACAUCAAAAUAAUGAUACAUCAAUAUCCUCGAAUAAAAUUAAAUCAAAUGAAGAAAUGAUUGAUAAAAAAGUAGAAAAUAAUUUGAACACAACUGUUGAAGAUAAGAACAAUAAAUUAUGUUCCGAGAAGAACAACGAUGAAUCUAAAACAACAACAACAACAACAAAUGAAGAAAAUAAAAGAGUAUUAAGGGUUCGUGAUAAACAAAAGAAAGUUGAAAAAAGACCAACUUCCUGUAACAAGGAUCAUGAAAAUGCAUCAAAAACUAGUACAGUAAGUGAUUGUCAAUCUACAGAAGAAUGUAAUAAUGCACAAAAUGAUAAUAAACAAAAUUUAGAAUUGAAAACAAGUAAUGAAACAACUACUUGUAAAACUCCUGAAACAGACGUAUCACAAAAUAGUACAACAGAUUUAGAAACUAGUGAUGUUUCAGAGACCCAUCCUCGUACCAGACGUGGUAGAGAAGUUAAAAAACGUAAGGAAGAUCAACAAUCAUUAAAUAAUAAUACGUUUAAAAAUAAACGAGCUAAACGAGAUAAUAGUAGAAAGUCUGAUCAACAAAAAGAAGAGACAUUGCUUGACAAUGAAGUAGCAAAGAUCAAUGAAAACAACAGAUUCCUAAAUGAUUAUAACAAUCUUGCUAAAUGUUCUGAUAGUUUUAGAGGUUUUUCCGAAGGUGGUGGUCGUAAUAGUUUGGACAAAAUCCAAGGUAAAAAUGAUAAUUUACGUAGUAAAUCGGAAAACGAUUUAGUAAUUCCAAAUGAAUCAACGAAUAGAUCGGAAGAAGGUGGAAGACUUUUGAGUCAGAUAACAGCAGAUAAUGAUCUAUCAUCUAAAGAAACAAAUGACAAUUUGUUGGAUGAAUGUAAAUCUAGUAAAAUAGAAGAAGUUUCUCAAAAAGAUUUAGAUGAUACGUCUAUUUCGGAUGAAUCAUCCAGUAGCGUUAAUAUUGGAUUGAAAAUUUUAGAAACGCCUGAGGAUAAAGCUAAAAAAGAAUCAAUAUUGAGAAUAUUAGGUUUGGAAUCGUUGGAAAAGGCUGCCGAAAGAGUGAACAAUCAGAAAGCAAGAAAGGAACAAUAUACUGGUACAUUGAAAACUGUGAUUCGCGUACAAAAGGAAAAGGAAAAAGAUAAAAAACGUUCGAGAUCACCCUUGAAAAUGGUUUUGAAGCAAGGACGUAACGAUGGAGAAGGAGAUUCACCUGAUUUUUACACCAUACAAAAGGAGUUUGGAACCAGUGGUUUGGGAGAUAGCAGCUCUGAUGAAGAUAACGAAGAAGCUCCACCGAAGGAUCGUCAAUCUCUUGUUAUUCCUGAAAAAUCAUCUUCUUUUUCUAUUCAUCCAGGACGAUUAUGUGCGGAUGUAUGUUGUUAUUGUUUUGGAAAAUUUGGUUCCUUGGAUACACCUAUGCACUUGGCACAAAUGAAAUCGGAUGAAAGAAGAAAGAAGAUAUUAAUUGUAGAAAGACACCUUAACAAGGAUUCUUGUCUGUGUGACGCGUGUUAUCGUCAUGUAGAUAGAAAGGCGAACACUAGUCCAACAAACAUGCAAGCUAAACCACAAAAGCAUCGUCAAUUGAUGGUAUCUAAAUGUGCAGCACGUGAUUGCAGAGAUCCUGCACGCCAUAAUGUUAAACGACGUUGGUUACUUAAAAUUAAAGCUGGACUUCAAAGUCAGGUUGAUAUUGACUGGGAAUCGAGUCAACACACAUCAAUGUCAUUUUGCGUAGUCCAUUACAGUAAAGUCGAAAUAUUUUUGACAUGUGCCCUUUGUAAUCGAAGAUUGGCCAGAAAUCAUACGCAUUUGUUAACCGACGCAGAAACUGUCGAAUUAAAUCAACGACUUUCGCAACAGGCGAUACCAGUUUCACUUUCUGCGAGAACAUUUGUUUGCAAAUUGUGCCGUUAUUUCACACAAUUGCAAAUUAAAUACAAGGAUCCUGAAAAUAUGAGCAUGAAUCACAGGUCGUUUUAUAAGAGCUAUAGGAAAAGAAUCUUACAUAAUCAUGAUAUCGAGGUACUUGAGAAUGAAGAAGAAGAUUCUAAUAGUCAAUCGAAAGACAAAGAUAAACGUAAGAAAGCUAAAUGUCCUCCAGCUAAGAAUGGAAAUUCCAAGUCGCCAGAUGUAUCAACUAAUUCAACGUCGGAUAAAUCAACACCUGAAUCUAUUAAAAAUGAAGUUAGAAAUUCUGAACAGGAGAAUGACAAUCGUUCUGUUAAAAUGAAUACUACGGAUGAUACCACCAUUCCUGCCGAUAUUCAGUUCCUUUGCGUUGAGGGUUCAACAGACAAAUUGAAUAAGAAAAGAAAGGUAAUCGAUGUAAACAAUUUUACAUCAGACGGAACGAUGCCUUGUGAUGUUUCGAACGAAGUCGUAGAGAUUCUUACCAUGGACAAGGAGGUAACAUUGACGAAAUUACCGAAAAAAGCAAGAACUAGCAACGACAUAACUCCUGUUGUUCAACGACUCGGAGCUAAUCCUUCUAUAAGUGUACGUACAUUAUUCCCGGGUGAAGAAGAAAUGAAUCUUCAUGCAAACAUUGAAUUUGGUAAUGUUCGAGAGAUGACACCUCAGGGUUGGGAAAAGUGUGCAACGAUGAUUCAAUAUGACAGAGAUACGAAACUUUUAUGGCAAGAGUUACAAAGACCAUAUGGAAAUCAAAGUUCUUUCCUCAGACAUUUAAUACUUUUGGAAAAGUAUUAUAGAGCUGGCGAUUUAAUUUUAGCACCUAACGCAUCACGUAAUGCGAUUAAUUAUUCUACGUCGGUUCAAAAUAGAUUGAUAUCAUACGAAGGUCCUGAAAAAAUGGACGAACCAAUAAUGGAACCGAUAUCUAACGAAUUUCAUAAUUCUCGUCGUUUAAGUGGCGGAUAUGUAUUAGAAAGAGAUAGACACUCUUUACCAAUGGGAAGUUCUACCGCAAAAUCACCAGUUAUACAAUUAACGACAAAAGGUAGUCCACCGCGUGCAAUGAAAUUAAAUUCGGGUGUAUCAAUUAUUAAAAAACCACCUCCUAAUUUGCAACGACUCAGUUUACCAUCUACAAGUUCGGCAAAUGGAAAUAACAAACGUAAAGAUAGUUCCAAAUUACCAAUGUCCUCGGGUGGCAAAGUGUUCCAAAUGACCGAUCCGGAAUACAAACGAUUACAAAAUUCGAAAAAACCAAAACAAAUGUUUAGUGAUAAACAGUGUGCAAGUCCUACUAGUAGUGGUAGUGGUGGUGGUGGUGGUGGUGGUGGUGUUGGUAGUAGUAGUAGUAGUAGUGGUGUACCAUCGGGUAAUUCAAAUUCUCCUCCAAAUUUCAAAUCAACAACUCAAUAUCAAAAAGCAGUACAAUACGUGGCUCAAACGCAAUUUCAACAACAUUUGAGAAGACAACAAGAAAUGUUGAAUCGUCAAACGAGAGGUGAUUUUGAACCACUUAUAUGUGACAUGAGAACGUCAAAUGAGAACAGUCCAACACAAAAUCUAAUACAUAACCUUAAUCUGCCAAAGUCUAUACAAGUGACGACUAAACCAUCUAAUCCAAUUCCCAUAUUGCCAAAAAUUCCAAAGUCAUUGACAGUAAUACCACAAACGGUAACGAGACCUACUGAAAAAUGAGAACUGAUCAAACGAUAAAGGUCGACGGAAGGGGGAGAGAAGUAAAUAAAUAAAUAUAAAAAAAAUGCCUUCUUUUAUAAUACAAAUAUUUGCCAUCCCCUGCCGCGCGCCUAGUUUGGACUUGUAAGAGAGAGUUGUUGUUGUGUUGCACACUUUUUCGCUCUCUUCUUCAUAUUGAAAAAUUCGAUUCUUUCAAGAGGAAUUCAAAUAUACUUACGAAUAUCUGUUUUUGUUUUUCUUCUAAUUCCUACUUGAAGUUUCAACACAAAACAAAACUGAGGAGAGACAGAGAGAGACAGAGAGAGAGAGAGAGAGAGAGAGAGAGAGAGACAAUCGAAUUGUUGAUGAUGCAGGCAAGAAUGAAUAGCCAAGCAUGCUUUAAUAAAUAUACAAAAAAAAACAAACAAACAAACAAACAAAGUGUCGUGAAUGAUGCAGUUUUAUCUCUUCGAGUUAUGGUGACUCGAAGAAGAAGAAGAAGAA